GGGCGCUGGCAGCAGUUCCGUCCUGCCGGGGGAGGGGCAGGCAGAAGCCUGGGUCAGGGACCAGAGGAGAAGACGGUUCUCGCCAUGCUGGGGGCCCCAGAGCCCAGGGCCGGGCUCCGCCUCUUUUUCCUCUACCUCGUCCUGGCAGCCGCCCUCUGCCCCCAGCCACUGAGGCCUCAGCAAUCUGUUCCUGAAGAAUUUUCAGGCCCGCUGGAACUCUCACAGCCGUUUUCUGGCCUGGUGGACGACUAUGGGGUUCGGCCCAAGCACCCCUGGCCACGAGGGCCUCGCCCCCUGCUCGCCCAGGCCCAGCAGCGCAAGCGUGACGGGCCAGACAUGGCGGAGUAUGACUACGACGCACAUCUGUGACGGGAGCCCCUCAUAAAGCUAUUCUGUACAGCAAA